AUGCGAUUUCUAUGCCUCCACGGCUCCAUAACCAGUGCUGAUACACUCAGUGCUCAGUUAGGGCCUUUGCAGAAAAACCUGGCGGACGAUAAUACCGCUUCAUUUUAUUGCGUGAAUGCGCCACAUGCCACAACUGCCCCUGGAGGCUACAUAGAAUAUUUUGGUCACCCACCCCACUACCGCUGGCUGAAUUACGUUGGCGUUGGUAUUGAUGCCAUCUACGACACUGUCCGCGGGGCGCGAAACAAACAACUUGGUACUCCAGAGGAUACCUUUCGAUCGCUUAUACCUCCUGAGCUUUCCUGGGUCAACUAUGAAGAUGUUCUGAGUUACAUUGAAGAGAUACUGGAGAAAAAUCCCGAUAUCGAGGGUCUCCUGGGAUACAGUGAAGGGGCGACUGUUGGGGCGGCAUAUAUCUUGCGCGAACAGAGGAGGGAGCGGGAGACCGGCCGCACGCGGCAGAUUAAGUGCGCGAUCUUUCUCGCCGGGAUCCCCCCAGUCAAAGCGGAGAAUGGAUUUAUAUUUGCCGAUGAACAAGAGGAGAUGAUCGACCUCCCCACUGUCCAUAUCGUUGGCGCAAAUGACCCUUUUAGGAUAGCCGCGGACUGUCUAUACAACAUCUGUGAUCCUGAUAGCGCUUACUUCUUUGAUACUGGCAAGGGACAUACCAUUCCACGUGGAGGGCCAGUGAUCGAUGAGUUGGGAGACACAAUUCGAGAAUUGGUUCAGAGGACAAAGGAAGGGUGUUAG